AUGUUUCUGCUAUUCCUCCAAACCCUGGCCUUGGCCUACGUGGCCUGGAGCUUGGUAGCGAUGGAGAUCAACUAUCGCCGCGCGUGCACCAUGGGGAUUCCUCUCGUGAGACUCUGUAUCGACCCCCAAAACCUCCUUUGGGUCCUGAUUGAGCCCCAUCUCUGGCCCUGGCUCGAUCGACUUCCCAUCCACUGGGGUAAUUUUGGUCGCUAUUCGCGGCGCGGAUGGUACUUUGCUGACCGGGGCGAGUCACAUCGCCGCUAUGGUCCAAUCUGGGCGCUGGUCACUCCCAAGGAAAUUUACAUCAAUGUCGCUGACUCCGAAGCAAUCCAUGACAUGUUCCAACGACGGACAGAUUUUAUCCGCCCGGUUGAACAGUAUACGGUGCUCGAAGUCUAUGGACCGUGUAUCUCCACGGCCAAUUCAGCUGAUUGGCCGCGUCAUCGAAAAGUGCUAGCCACUCCCUUCAACGAGAGUAUUAUGUCCUUCGUAUGGGAGGAAAGCACUGAGCAGACCCACCAGAUGCUUGGUAUUUGGGCCUCUCCAAGCCUCGAUAAGAUCUCUAGCGUCGCAAAGGAUACCCGCACGCUCUCGUUGAAUGUCCUCGCUGCUACAGGAUUUCGCAAAUCGUAUCCCUUCCAGAGUGCUAGUGGCAGCUGCCACAAGGAACAAACUAACCCUGUAAGCUAUCGUGAUGCCCUACAGACCGUCCUCGAUAAUGCCAUCUUGUUGAUGAUUAUGCCACGGCGAUUCCUCUCGUUUUCGUUUGCUCCGCAAUCAUGGCAGCGAUUGGCCAAGGCCGCGAUAGAGUUUAAGCAGCACAUGGUGCGUAUGCUAGAUGAGGAGGUGCAGGCGUUCAACGAGGGCAAGGCUGGCUCGGGGGGUCUUAUGACAUCGUUUGUGCGCGCCAUGAAUCGUGAGGACGCAGUGGGCAAAGCCAAUGAUGUGUCGCCAAGGGGACUGACUACUGACGAGAUAUUUGGCAACAUCUUCGUGAUCAACUUUGCAGGACACGAUACCACGGCUAAUACGCUGAGUUUUGGACUCCUUCUACUGGCCGCAUACCCUAGUGUGCAAGACUGGGUUGCCGAGGAGCUCCUGUUGUUGGCAGACAUCAAGGGUCAAUAUGCUGACCUUUUCCCCAGACUCAAGCGCUGCCGAGCUGUCAUGGUAGGAAUCAAUCCGAGUCUUCUCACGAUGCACAUCGAUCCCCAGCACUGGGAAGAUCCACUGGAGUGGAAACCCUCACGAUGGGUCACAACGAGCAAGUCGGACAAGGCGACCUUGAUUGAGCACGAACAGCUUAUCACUCCGGUGCGGUGCACGUACUUCCCCUGGUCGGACGGGCCACAGAACUGCCCAGGCAAUAAAUUCUCGCAGGUAGAGUUUGUAGCGGUCAUGGCGAGUCUUUUCCGAAAUCACCGGAUCAGUCCCGUUGCCAACGCGGGAGAGACAUUCGAGCAGACGCGCGAGAGGGUACUGGCCACCACGAGGGAUGUUGAUCUGCAACUGCUUCUACGGAUGAAGGAUGCAGAGCAGGUACACUUGAGGUGCCGGCGAGUCUAG